AUGGCGCCUAUACCAACAUCCACAGACGAUAUCCGCCUACGGCGCAUGGCAUGUCCUUCAAAAGAGUCUGUAGAAAAGCAAUUAUCCAUACCAGAGACCAUUUCGCCUUUGGAUAACUACCCUCCAUUGCUCCGUAUUCCAUCCGAAAUCCGGAGAGAGAUUUUCAGAUAUGUCUUGCCAUCUUCAAACAAACGUUUCAUCUUGUACACCGAUUGCGACUCGAGGUCCAUCAGCCGGAAAUGGAAUAAGAUCUGCCGUCCCCAUCCCGACCCACACCUGACUCUCGAUGUCUUACGGACAAACCGACUUAUCUACCACGAAUGCCUCUCGGUACUCUAUUCCGAGAACCAAUUCCAUUUUUAUGCAUUCAACUAUCUGCCUGUUUUGGACUUUAUACGCCAUCUGAGUCCCGAGGCAAAGAACCAGGUGCGCAACGUGCGACUUACGCCUUUGACGGAUAAGCAAGACGACCCACCAGCAUCACACGACGUCUUCUGUACUGUCAUACACGAUUCAUUACCCGGGCUCAGCCAACUUCAGGCCGACCCGGUGGUCUUCUUCUAG